AUGACCAACUUCGAGCAAUUUUUGGCCUCGUACGCUGAAACGUUUAACAUAUCCCGGAAGGCCUUUGCUGUGUUACGUGAAGGCCUUGGCCUUAUAAACUCCCUCGACGAGUUAACAGACCUGCCGCGAGGUAUUGGCACGCUCAAGAGACGAAUGGUUGCCCAGCUGCCAUUGAUACCACUCCGCCACAAGAUUAUUCAAUUGAAUCAAAACAAAUUGCCUACGAUGGUACCGGCGGAGAAGGCUAAAGCAGGUCACCAGAGGCAGGCUGAUGCCCACUGGUUUGAGCUCUCGUCUUUGAUAGCGAGAAUCCUGUCGUCCAAGGACAUCUGGGGGGGAAUGUGGCACGGUCUUGGGUGGUUUGUUAAUACUCCUACCGAGCUAUGGCAUUCUGAUUCUUGGCUUUGUUCCGCUCGCACAUCAUCUGGAGAACAUGCCUGCUAUUCUAAUGGGACUCCAAUUGUCUGGUCAGACUUCGUUGAGUAUCGGUCAAGGGGGGCAGGAGAUGGUGUUUACGUUGGGCGAGUUUAUUCAGUCGGACGAGACCACCAAUCUCACACCAUCGAAAAGAACGCUGUAGCCAUCAAGAUCCAAAGGGCAUGUUUUAGGGGGAACUUGCCGGAUGAUAUCCAGGAUAAAGGGGCGGCUUUGGAUCCCCUAAUAUUAGAGCUUGAGAUGCUGCUGGCCGAGGACAACUUUGAGUUUGUCCUCGAGGAUGAUAUCCUCAAUCGCAUUGACAUGACGAUUACAUAUAAUUUCGAGAGUGGGAUUCCAGGGUCCCAGAAUGCUGCCUUCGAUCCCAAGUCCCAGAUUCGACAAAUCUUCAACGAAAAGAGAGGCGAUAUCAGGCCAGCCAUCCAAUCUCAUCCGCAUAUUGCGGAACUUGAGAUCCGGGCACAUGGCCGACAGUGGCUCACUGAACUGCUGCAACGGGGCUUUAUCUCUGCCCCGUUGAUUAUGUUCAUAGAUGUCUUUGGUCUGUAUCGUAAUAUGUACAGGAGCCUGACGGGGGUAUACUUCUCUCUUGCGGGCCAAACUCUCCGAGCACGAAUGCACCGUGCAAAUGUGUUCGUUCUCACACUAGGACCACACGGAGCAAGCUCCGACGAGGAGAAGGCUGUAUUGGCCUUCCCACUCUUCAUCGCUGGGGAUAUGCCCCAGCAGAACCACAAUUCUGGAGUCAAGAACCAGAAUGCCGGCAAGGGAUGUAGAAACUGUCUAGCAAAUGCAGACGAGCGCGGUGAUCUUGACUUUGACACCGUUCAACUAGGCCGCUAUCAUUGGCCCCUUAUUCGCACGCUGAAUAAGUCCAUACCCGUCCUUCAGCUUCUCGGAAUCUUCGGAAAUUUUGAUGCGUUGAACGUGGCGCUGGGUGAGGAGUAUCUGAGAACGGCGGUGUCGGGGCUGUUGGUUUGCUUUAUCAUCCCGCUGUUCUGGCAACCCAUCCAAACCAAUCGACAGUCCCCAGAUGAUAAGUCGCACCUUUACAACCUCAGUCUUGACUCGCAGUACCUCAUCUAUCUCGCUAAAUUGAGCGGCAGACUCGACGCCGCUAAAAAUCUCGAGCGCAGUGGUAAACAGAAGUGA